UAUAGUUUUUACCAAGCUCUCCAGUAAUUCCAGUUUUUGACUUCUCGUUCUGACCCUGUUUUGCCUGUCUUGGACUUCGGAUACCUGCCUGCCCCUUGCCGGAUUUGUUUGCAUGUUCGAUCUCCUGGUUUUGACCUUGCUUGAGUAAAUUGAUCUUCCCUUAAACUUGUCUGCCUCAGAGUCGUGCUUUUGGAUUCUCCUUGCCAGUACCAGCAAACGUGACAUUCCUCAAGUUAGACGGAUCCAAGCAGAGUGAGAAAUGCACGCUUAAAUAGCUUCAGCACCGGCCCCCCCUCUGUCGCGUCCUGCGCGCUGUAGGACGCACACACGAUCAGCUGAGCAGCGUUUCCCUCUCAGAGGAGGAUAGACAGAGCUGUGUUCAAGUCACACUCAGCCACUCUCUGUUUGGACACUUCAACUCAGUUUUUGUUUUUAAUGUUAUUUUAAAAAAAUUGUGCGUAUCGAAGCUGCUUCCGAGAUGUUGGAGACGGCCGAUUCGCCAAAAUGAACACAGACUGCACCAAGCCUUCUGUUGCUCCAAAGCCAAGAUUUGUUUGUCACGCCAGCCUGAAGCUGCCUUCCCCUCUCAUGUCUGCAGCCAGAGGUCCCAAACCUUCUAUAGCCCCAAAACCUAAAGUCACACCAGAACUUAAUGGCAACCAGGGCGGAUGCAUUAACGGCAGCUCGCUGGCUUCAGAUGGCGAGGUUGAUGAAGUGCACGCGACGGAAAAUGGCCUGAACAAAGUGGUGGCAGACAGGUCGCCGGCAGAGAAACAAUCAAAUGCCUACAUCCUCAAAUCAGCACAAAAAGAUGUUCGCAAUGUGUCACAUGAGGCGGAUGACGGAGAGGUGACGGAGGAGGAAAAGGAAGAGGAUGAUGACAUGAUUCAGAAAAUGGACGAGGACUGGAGGUUGACUGACAGCGCUCGUACAGAGGAGGUGGACUCCCUGGAAACACUUUGGGUCAGUGAUGCCGGACUCACGGCUGACUCCGAGGAAGUGGUGGAGAUGGUUGACACAGAUGUGACGGAGGACAUGGACGCCGAAGGUUGUGAUGCAGGCGAGGCGCUGGCUGACACAGAUGGCCUCUCGGUGGGAGACAUUUCUGUUAAUAGCGUUGACGGGGAGGAAGGCUGUUAUUCUGCUGAAAACCGACACAUGAAGGAGAGGCAGGAGAAGCUCCAAGUCAAGGAGGAUGAAACGGAGGACUGUACAGCAGAUGAUUUAACCGAGUCUCUCACAGACGAAUCUGGUCUCCUUAUUAAUGACACCGGUGCACAAGUUUGUCUAACAGAUGGAGAAGACAAAGAAGAGGAAUCUGCUCUUGCUGGUGGUGUCACACGUGACAUCCUGAAGUUCAGACAUGACCGCAAAACGAAGGAAAAAGAACAGAAUAUUAGUCUUUAUGACUUUAUUCCCGAACACCAGGUCUGUGAAGCAACUAAGAGACAUGUUGCAGACGAGGAUGAUCCAACUCAUGAGCCUUAUUACGUCUCUUCAGAGGACAUUAUUAACAGAGAGAUGAUGCAGAGGAAUAAGACAGCUCAUGGACUAACGGAUAGUCCCCUUACACCACAGAAACUUUUGUCCGGUGGAAUAUCAGCCGGGAAAUGCGAGGGAACAACAAAAAAUGGACAAUCCUCUGAGGAUUAUGUGGAGAUCGUUAACAAUGGAUACAUCUGCCACAGGAGUGAUGAAAACAAAGUAAGGACGUAUCAGAAAUGGAGGACGGAAGAACCCAAAGCGGAGGCUUUGCUGAAUGAUUUGGACUACCAGCCAAGGUUCAGGCUGGUGUCCAUCUCUGUGCCAACGGACACCGACACCUCGCUGACGUCUUCUCUCUCAGAAAGCCACCUGUACUCUCCGAAUGACUCGGAUGUCUUCAGGGACGACGAAGACCUGGAUGGCCACAUAGUGCCGUUUCUGGACGACACCACUGACACGGAGCAGGACAUCAGCGAUGAGCAUGUCUACGAGGAGCCAGGGCACAGUUCAGAGGGUGAAAACGUUUUUCCUUUUGAUAAGAGGUCGGCAGAGAUGCUGUCCCGAUCACUGUCACACCGAAUGAAUAAUAAUGUGUCUGAGGCGGGAGUGCAGUUCAUUCAGAGGCCCUAUAUAAGCGGAUUCGGACAACCUGCAAUGAGCAGCAGCCCCAUGUUGAGCUCAGUGCUGCACAAGAGCCACGCCAAACCUCACUAUCUGUCCCUGUACCCUCGCUCCAUCUCCAUGGAGGGACAUGACACGUCUCUAGGUAUCUACAGCUCCCCAAGACAAGGAGGUGCCAUUUGUUCAUCUGGAAGCUUCUCCCGGUGCUCACCUUUGUCAUCCAGUGGCCUGUCCACUCCGACAUCUGUAGUGGACAUCCCUCCUCCGUUUGAGCUGGCCUACAUCACCAAGAGACCCAUCACCAAGAGUUCCCCUUCGCUUUUCAUCGAAGGAGACUCGUCUGAGAAAAACAGGAAAAAGAAAUCCUCCAUUAAACGUUUCCUGAUGCUUAAAUUUAGGCGGAAAACAGACAGCAAGGCUGUGGUGGAUGUCAACCCAUCCUCCUUUAAGCCCUCAGCGGAGUCCAGCCACCACACGCCAGGCAGACUGCUGGAUCUGGAUAGACACAGCUUAAGUAGCUCUCCACAGCUGAACUCACGCUGUGCUAGUAAACCUCACCUUUCACCUGAGCCGGCCUCCAAAUUCUUGUUCUACAAGGACGGCAAAAGAAAAGGGAACGCCGUGGCCUUCCUCAAUCGCAGCGUCGUCAGGGUGGAGUCCUUCGAGGACCGCUCCCGUGUGCCUUUCAUACCUCUUCCCCUGACCAAACCUCGCUCCAUCUCCUUCCCCAACACGGAUACCUCAGACUACGAGAAUGUUCCCGCCAUCAGCUCAGAUUACGAGAACAUUCAGGUCCCGCAAAGGAGACCUGUCCGGCAGACACCAUUCAGGGACUUCUUUGACCGUCCCAGUCGGGCACUGUCCUCUGCCAAUGAGACUGACGGUUAUGUGGACAUGAGCAGCCUUCCUGGGUUCAAGAAUAAAAGUGAGCAGGAAACUGAAAGUGCCUAUACAGAAGCCUACAACGUGUGUUCAGUGGCAGUCGCUCCACAGGGUGAUGUCGGGAGGGAGGCGGCGGGUGAAGAUGACCAAGGACGCACCUCGGAAGAGGAGGAGGCAGGUGCAGACAGCAACUAUGACAGACAGCCUGACGGCCGAUCCAGAGCCUUUUAUAUCGCGAAAGACCUGGUGGAUACAGAGAGAUUACAUGUAAAAGCCCUCAAGCUCCUGCAGGAAGAUUUUCGGGAAGCUGUGGGAGCAGCGGUCGGGGACGAGGGGGAACCCGUGUUGGACGAAGAGAGGCUCCGGGAGAUUCUCAAUGAGCUGCCUGAUGUUUACACCCUGCACCGCAGAAUACUCAAUGAGCUGGAGAAUCGAAUCCGAAACUGGGAGGAGAGCCAGAGGAUUGCAGACAUCUUCCUGUCCAGAAAAGCAGAGUUCUUGGUUUUUACCACUUAUAUCGGCCACUACGACCGAAGUAUGAACCUGCUGGACGACAGCUGCAGAACUUCACCUGCCUUCGCAGCCAUUGUCCACCAGUUUGAGCAGCAGAGUCCAGCUGGAGAGAACGUGUCUCUGAAACAUCAGCUCCUGCAGGUUAUUGUGCGUGUAGCUCAGUACCGCAUGGUCCUCACUGAUUACCUGAACAACCUCUCCCCUGAUUCUAAGGAAUAUGAAGAUACCCAAGCUGCCGUGGAUGUCGUGUCUGACAUUGCAGACCAAGUAAAUGACAGUUUAAAACAUGGGGAGAACUUGUUGCGCCUGGUCAACAUAGAGUACAGCGUCCGUGGCCAACGGGACCUGCUGCAGCCUGGCAGGGUCUUUGUGAAGGAGGGCACUCUGAUGAAGGUCAGCAGGAAGAGUCGACAGCCCCGGCAUCUGUUUUUGAUGAAUGACGUGCUGCUGUACACCUACCCUCAGCAGAAUGGGAAAUACAGGCUGAAGAAUACUCUGCCACUCACUGGGUUGAAGGUUAGUAAACCCGUCAUAGAAAAUGUCCAAAAUGCGCUGAGGAUUGAAGGAGCAGACAUCGCCAUCACUUUGUCUGCAGGUUCCUUCAUUGAGAGAGAGGACUGGUUUUACACUCUGAGCCGCACAGUGACUGAACACACCAGAGGAUCUGCAUUCAACAGCUGCUCAGGAGAGGCCAGAGAUCGUCUGCGGUUGUGUCUAGGAGAAAAAGCUCCCACACUUGUUCCGGUCUCACAAGUGAUGAUGUGCAUGAACUGUACCUCAGAUUUCAGCCUCACUCUUCGUAGACAUCACUGCCAUGGCUGUGGAAGAAUUGUUUGCCGGAGCUGCUCCAGGAACAGAUAUCCACUGAAAUACAUGAAAGACCGCAUGGCCAAAGUGUGCGAUCACUGUUACAACGAGCUAAAGAAGAGAGGUGUGGACACUCGGGGAGAUGUGUCUGCAGGUAAGGGCAGCCCUCGCCCAAACAGAUCCAGCCGUCCUCUCUCUGCUGUUUUCCAAAACAUUCAUCCUCCAAACAUCUGGAGACAUCGGAAAGGCACUGUCUCCUUCAACCAGGUGACCGUGUCAGAGGAAGGCUCCAUUAGCGGCACUCUACAGCGCAGCAAGAAGAGCAAGAGGAGCUGGAAGAGACUGUGGUUCCUCCUAAAAGACAAGGUGCUUUACACCUACCGAGCCCAAGAGGAGAAAGUAGCGUCAGAGACUUUACCUCUGCUGGGAUUCACGGUGAAGCUACCUGACAAGCAGGAGGGAGAGGCGGAGGAGGAGGCCAACAUCUUCCAGCUUUACCACAAAAACACUCUGUACUACACCUUUAAAGCUGUGGACAACCACACGGCGCAGAGGUGGGCUAAUGCCAUGGAAGAAGCCACGGUUUUAUAGGAUCGACUACUCUGGGUAGCCAAAAAUAGAAGUCGGCUGCCCUUUUCUUCUGCUCCAAACAGACUGUGAAACCAAGAAGGAAACACACAAAAUUUUGAUUAUGUCUGCAAGAUGUAACUUGCCUGGCUGAACUGAAUAGGAGAAGACACGGUGUUCUUUGAGAGGGGACACGAUUACCUACUUUAUCAACCUCCAGUGUCCCCUGCCUGCUGUUACAGCAGGUGUGAUACUGAAAGCCGCGAGAGGUGUUGGCCCAGAUACCUGCCAGUGUGGAACAUUACAUUGACGUGACCUGUAUUUCCACCAGAAGCUGAUUAGCGACAUUCCUCCCAAAUCAUUGGGAAGACUGAAGAUUGUUGGAGAAGAAAGGAUAUUCUGUAAUUUCAACUGUUUCAACACAGAGGCUGAAAAGACAAACCUCAUUCAAAAAUGCCAGAUUUUGGCCUGAUCUUAAAAAAAAAAAAAAAAUUGUUAUGCCUUCAACAUGUGUUCUCCCACUGGAUUAUGCAUCCCUAUGAAUAACACUCUGAAGCACACGCUGUAUCAAAGAAUGAGUAUGAGAAUUUUAUAUGUAUAGAAGAGUCUGUAGCUUUGCUAAGUACUGUAUUGUUGGAGAUAGUCCUGCCAGUGACUAAUUAAGUUUUUAUGCUUCCUUUGCACUGAUAUAAAAGGGGAAUGAACCUGAAACUAGAGGCCAAAAGCUUCAGCUACUGUACUUUACUUACUUAAUUUACUGAACAUACAAAAAUGUUGCCAAGUACGUCUUUAUUGUUUAACUAGAACAAGCAUAAUGUACAUUCUUGUUUGUAUAAAGCGUCCACGUCCAGUCGUGCACAGAUUGUUUUGCUCUGGACUGAUCCAAGAAUCACUUAUUUCACUGAUCUACAUCAUCAGUGUCAUGGACUUUGUACUAUACUUGAUUAUUAUUAAGUUUAAAUUUCUAACACCAUUAUUUUGAAAUCAAGUAAAAGAAGCUAUAAUGAUGGAAAAAGUCUGUCUGUGUUUUCUCUUUAUUCACUGACUGUCCUCUAGAUGGCAAGUGGGCUAAACAUUAAAGCACAUCAGGCUGU